UGCCACCUCUCGCCGUUUUAUUAAUCGUCAGCAUCUCAUAUUGCUCUGAAAGGACCCACACAAACUACACAAUUAAGACUUCAGUACUGGCAGUUUCCAGUAAUCGCUCCUUAACUCUACACACCGAUUAGUUAGGUGUCUCCCAUUGUUUAAGUGACAAAUGAAAGACGUACGUUUCUUCCAUGCUCAUUGAUAUUCAUGCUUCUCUUGGCACUAGAGUGUUGUGAAUGAGUUAAUAUGUUUUAAAUAUAAGCACUUAAGUCACUGUUAUGGCCUGAUGUAGUAAAGACAUCACUAAGGUGUGGUAUAGUAGCCUUUUUUAAAGAUGCUCAGCCAGAUAUUUUACCAGAGUAAUUCAGGUUACCUUAACCUAGGGAAUUAUGGGAGCGAGGGGAUCUACCCUCCAACCACGAUACUAACUGUAUGGACAGAAUUUAAAGCUAGUUUACUGUUCUCCAGAAGUGGGCAGUUAAAGUGAUCACUCGGUUGUUGUUUUUUUCUCUCUGAAUUAUUAUAAUGCAAUUCUGAUGGGAGAUCUUGGCACUUAAUUCUUGUGCUCUACUACUUUCUUGGAAAAGCUGAUUCACUUAUGCACGUGGUACCUAUUUGUGCCACGUGUCACACAUGUUCAAAUAAUGUAACUUUUUUAAUGCAGGGUUCAAUGAUAGCCAUUCUUCAGUAGAGGGGGUAGGGAUUUAUUAUUUUGUGUAAUGUCAGUGUGGCCCCCACUGUAAAGGUGCUGGACUGUCCGUAUUUAUCCCAGAUAUUUUCUCAGUAUCAUUAUGCUAAGACUCAGUCAUAGUCUUGUUGGAGAACAGAUUUCAGGCUCAGUGCCAGUUUUUUUUUUUAUUCUUACAUGAAGGCAGUUAAAUGCUGAUGGUUUUCAUAGCUUAAGAAUUCACUCUGUCAGCAGGUUUUACUAUCGCUACUAGAACACAGCCAAAAGACACGGGACAAACCUUAUAUAAAUCCACGCUCGUAUCCCUAAUGAACAACGCAAACUAGUUCAUAGGAUGAGAAAUGACGGUACGAGCAGUUACUGCGACAGGAUGAUGGUUAUCAUCUUUGAGAUGAAGCACUUUGAUGGAUUAAGGUUCUAAAAGACUUCUGUAAUGAAAGAUUAAAAACCGAGGGGCAGCUUUACAGGUUCUUGUGGGAUGGUUUGUGGCCCAGCCGGUUCUGCCUGGGAUUAGGUGGUGAUGUCACUGUUGGGCCCGCGAGCAAAGGCCCUCACCCUGAUCUCUCCAGACCCAGCUGGAUGUCGCUUUGGAUAAAAGCAUCUGCUAAAUGCUAAUGUAUGAUUCUUCAAGCGAGAGAGUGAUGCAAUAUAUAUUGCAACGACUGGAGUGUAAGGUACAGGAUGGUAAUGAGGUCAGAGGCUGCAGCAGGACUUGGACAGGAUGUGAGGCUGCUGAGCCAGCUGAUACUGGGAUCGUUGUGGAUGUGGGGAGGGUCACGUCUGGGGGAACUAACCAAUUUGAGUAUAAACAGGGAAAUUCAUGAACUAGGUUUUGAGAUUCCGUGAAUUAAUCCUGGACAUGAAGCACUGAAUGGUAGUUAAGGGUAUGUCAUAUGAUUGCUGUAUUGAAAUAGACUGGAUUUUAAGGUGCUGUUUCUGUAAGCAUUGGAGUAGAUGAUCCUGAUGUCCAUCUGCUGACAAGCUGUAGCUAUGUGGAGACUUAUCUCAUGUCAUACUCAUAUCUCAUACUCAGUAUAUGAAUUUCAAGCUGAUAGCAACCAGUCAAACUCUAUUAGCUUCGAUGACUUCCUUAUUGUUGCGCUGGAGUGAUGCAGGGAUAUUAUUUUACAUAUUAUCACCUCUUCGGCAGAUACAUGCUAUGUACGCAGAGAAAACUCCCGUGAAAGGAAAAAAAAUCAAUAAACCAGCCUGGCGACAUUUGUUGAGUGAAUGAAAAGUGAGCUUCUUUUUAGCCUGCUACAGUAAAUCUCUGGCACUGAUUAUGAUUGAAAUAGCUGCUCAUUUACCUUGUUUGGGGAUGAUGUCACGGCCGAGCACUCUCAUUGGCUGGUGGCUCCUGAAGGGUGCUAACUUUGUCUGGGCUGGAGAGAGCCGUGACCUCAUUUUCCUCCACAAAGGCGAGCUGGCCCGUCCUGUCUGGUGGCUCAGCCUUCAGCUGCAAGAGGAGCAAAAAAAAAAAACAAAAGAAAAGAGAGAGAGAGAGAGAGAGAGAGAGCAUGAUAGGCAGUCAGGCAGUUGAUCUUUGCUAUGCCUCCCUCUCUUACCCCCCUGUCCCACCCCCGCAAACUCCAAGUGGUGCUGACCCCAUCGGUGCUGCGUUUACCCCACCACUUAGCGACCGCUUGCAGACUCACGCUGGGCUUUCAGAGGGGCGGGCAGGGCUACCGCUGACAUUUCUCACUUUUUCAUUAGUUUUUUUUUUUUUUAAAUCUUGCUUGGAGCAAACUCCCAUCCUCUACUCUUUUGCUUGAGAAGAGCCGGCAGCUGAUUGGCCGACAGCCCCCCAGUGACAUAUAUCUGCGAAGUCAGGAAAUCGCGGGGCGAGAGGAGCACCUCUUCCUAAAUACCUCAUUUGAGCUGCGCUGCAGCAAGGCAGGCGGGCCGGCCGCCUCCCAGCGGACACGGCGCACCCAGCCUGAAGUCUCGUGUGUCUGUGUGCAAAUUUUGCCUGAUAAUGUUGUGCACUCAGCCCUAUAUGAGCUGCAAAACUAACGCAGAUUCACAAGUCAGCGCAGCUGCAGGCAGACGGGUCAUCAAAGUGUUCAACGACGAUAACACGAGUCGAGCGUUGGAGGUCCCCACUGAUGUUACCGCCAGAGACGUCUGCCAGCUGUUUGUGCUGAAGAAGCAGUGCGUCGAUGACCACAGCUGGACGCUGUUUGAGCAGCUGGCUCACUUGGGCAUAGAACGAACCAUCGAGGACCAUGAGUCAAUGAUGGAAGUCCAGUCCAGUUGGAGUGUGGACAGCAGCAGAUUUUGUUUUAGAAAGCAUUACGCCAAGUAUGAGUUUUUCAAGAAACCUCUGGACUUUUUCCCAGAACACAUGGUGUCUGUAUCAAGUGAGACCAAUGACACGAUGGCCCAUUCUCAGCUGAUACAGAUGUUUCUCAACUCCAGCAUGUGCUCAGAGGUCUGUGGAUACCUCCAUGCCAGAGAGCAAGGGAAGAAGUCUUGGAAGAAGUUCUACUUUGUUUUGCGGAGGUCUGGCUUGUACUUUUCCAGCAAGGGGAUGUCAAAGGAACCACGGCAUCUCCAGUUCGUGGCAGAGUUCGGAGACAGUGACACGUACACCAUGCUGUCGCCAACGAAGAUGUACGGCACGCCAACCGCCUUCGCGUUCUGCAUUAAGCCUCACAAGUCGGAUUCCCCCCGAGACCUGAAGAUGCUCUGUGCUGAUGACGAGCGCACCAGGACGUGCUGGGUCACGGCGAUGCGUCUUUUUAAGCAUGGGAUGCAGCUGUACGAGAAUUUCCUUCAGCCACAUCUGAAACAGAAAGCAUCACCGAUGAGGAGCAUCUCGGAGAACUCCCUCGUAGCCAUGGACUUCUCCGGACACCAGAGCCGCGUGAUCGAGAACCCUUCAGAGGCGCUGUCUGUUGCUGUGGAAGAGGGCUUAUCCUGGAAGAGGAAAAGCUACCACCGGUUGAGUUCCCAUGGCAGUCCCUCUGCUCUCCGUAGGCCUCUGUCCAACAUAGUAGGCAUCCACAGAGCUCAGCCCUGGUUCCACAGCAAACUGUCCAGAGAUGAGGCCACCCACCUGAUUGCCCAGCAGGGUCUCAGUGAUGGGGUUUUCCUGGUGAGAGACAGCCAGAGCAAUCCCAAGGCGUUUGUCCUGUCACUGUGUCAUGCACAGAGAAUCAAGCACUUUCAGAUCCUGCCACAGGUGGAGACAGAGGGAGACUCAUUCUUCAGCCUGGAUGAUGGUCAGACGCGCUUCACCGACCUUAUUCAGCUGGUAGAGUUCUACCAGCUCAACCGGGGCUCGCUGCCCUGUACGCUGAAGUACCAGUGUGCCAGAGUCGCCCUUUAAGCCAGGGCACAUGUGCCUUAUUGUUCUGAGGGUCACGUUCACCGGCCUGCUGCCGCUUCGGGCUGCGUAAGCACAAGACUGCACCCAAAUAAUCUAACUGAAGCCCACUGUGACGACCAGCAGCAGGACUUAUCAGUGAGUCUCAGUCCUGAACCUAUAGGCUUCUUGAGACUGAAUUAACUCUUUGGGACACGUGUUGAGCAUUAGCCACCAGGUCAUGUCCGUCCAAGGCCAUGGUGAAACACCUCGAAGAAUUCGCAGGAGAAUACGUGGAAGGUUGGGAAGGGGAGUACAUCCACUGGACCGGGAACCUAGGAACUUUCUGCUGAUUCUCUGUAAUGGAUACAGUUUCUGGUAAUUUUCUGCAUUGGUUGCAGCACGGAUGGAUGCUAAUGGUUGUUUGCGCUAGACUCAGUUCCCAUCUUGUGAGAUGCAUUCUUUGGAACUUCAAACAUUGCUGUAUACACAGAAAGUGUUUGUUCCAGUUAAGGGAUAACCAGACCUACUGUGUUCAGGCUGGCUGUGUCCAUUAUACCUGUUUGUUCGUUUUUUGUGAGACGGUGGGUAAUCAGGCACUACAGAGGAUGACUUCAGUGUUAGGGAGCAUUUCUUUGUCUCCUAAUACUUCAUUAUAUAUACAGACACUCCUCUACUUACGAAUGAGUUACGUUCUGAACGGCCGUUCAUAACUUGAAAUAUUCGUAAGUCGUUAUUCAACAUCAUUUUAAGGGUAUACGCAAGUACAAAGAGCUAG